CAGAAGACCCAAGAAACCUAGCCGUUAGGGAAUCCCCAUGUUUAACCUCAGACACAAAUCCCUCCACUUGUUCAAACACCUUCCCUCCUCCUCCUCUCUUCCAUUUUCUUCACUCUCCGCUUCUAAUUACGUUAACUACCAUCUCGAUUCUUUCCUCUCCAACCAGAUUCCAACCUUCCAGCAUCUCUCUCAAUCCCACGCUCUCAUCAUCACUUCUGCAAACUCAAACAACAUCUUCAUAUGCGCAAAGCUCAUCUCUCUCUACGCGUCUCUCUCCAAACCCACUUCUUCCACCAAAGUAUUCGCUUCGGUUUCUCCCAAGGAUACCUUUCUUUGGAACUCUAUAAUCAAAACCCAUUUCUCCAAUGGCGGCUACUCCAAAGCCCGUUUUCUUUUCCAAAUGCGGGCUUCUGGUUUUGCUCCUAACCAAUUUACUCUUCCAAUGGUGGUUUCCUCGUGCGCUGAGUUAAUGGUGCUUGACCAUGGCAACAAUGUUCAUGGGUUGGGUAAGAAGCUCGGGCUCUUCGCUGGUAAUUCGGCGGUUGGCUCUUCUUUUGUGUAUAUGUAUUCAAAGUGUGGUCGAAUGGAGGAUGCAUCUAUUAUGUUUGAUGAAAUUACUGUGAGAGAUGUGGUUUGUUGGACCGCGCUUAUAAUUGGGUAUGUGCAGAAUGAUGAGAGUGAGAAGGGUUUGGAGUGUCUUUGUGAGAUGCACAGGAUCGGUGGCAUUGGUGAGAGGCCAAAUUUCAGAACGUUGGAAGUUGGUCUUCAAGCUUGUGGGGAUCUGGGUGCUUUAGUAGAAGGUAGAUGCUUGCAUGGUUUUGUAGUAAAAAGGGGAAUUGGGUGUUCUGGAGCUGUUAAAUCUUUGCUUUUGUCCAUGUAUUCCAGAUGCGGGAGACCUGAAGAAUCUUAUCUUUCGUUUUGUGACAUAGAAAAUAAAGAUGUAUCUUGGACGUCAGUUAUCGGUGUUUAUGCUAGAUCUGGGUUAAUGGAUGGAUGCUUAAGUUUGUUUUGGGAAAUGCAGGAUAGUGAUAUUUUCCCAGAUGAAAUUGUUGUCAGUUGCAUGCUUUCAGGUUUUCGAAAUUCCACAAAUAUCAAUGAAGGAAAGGCCUUCCUAGGAUUAGUCACGAGGCAGAAUUAUGCAUCGAGUCAGGUGGUUCAUAGUGAACUACUGUCCAUGUACUGCAAGUUUGAGUUGUUGACUCUUGCCGAGAAGCUCUUCAGCGGAAUGCAGCACCAGAACAAAGAGUCUUGUAACACUAUGAUUUAUGGCUAUGGUAAGCUGGGACUGCGUACAAAAUGCAUAGAACUGUUUAGGAAGAUGCGACAUCAAGGCAUUGAAGCUGAUUCUAAUAGCUUGGUAUCUGUGGUUUCUUCGUGUUUCCAGAUGGGAACAAUCCAUCUUGGCCAAUCACUUCAUUGCUUUAUAAUUAAGGUUUGUAUGGAUGAAAAUGUCUCAGUAGCCAACUCACUCAUAGACAUGUAUGGAAAAAGUGGUUAUUUGACCAUUGCAAGGAGAAUUUUUUCUGUGACACAGAAGGAUAUUAUAACAUGGAACUCAUUGAUCUCAUCGUACACUCACAAUGGACAUUCUUUCGAGGCCAUAGACCUAUAUCAUAAGAUGAUUGCAGAAAACUUCAUGCCCAACUCAGCGACAUUGGUAACAGUGCUUUCAGCUUGCUCUCAUCUCGCAUCUCUGGAAGAAGGAAUAAAGGUUCAUUGUCACAUUAAGGAAAGACGUAUUGGGAACAAUUUAUCCCUUUCAACUGCAUUAGUUGAUAUGUAUGCAAAAUGUGGGGAACUUGAGAAAUCAAGAGAAUUGUUCAACUCAAUGGAAGAUAGGGAUGUUAUUUCCUGGAAUGUCAUGAUCUCAGGUUAUGCAACACAUGGACAUGCAGAAUCUGCAAUAGAACUAUUCCACGAGAUGGAAGAUUCAAAUGUUAUACCGAACGAACUCACCUUUCUUGCUCUUCUCUCAGCCUGUAAUCAUUCAGGGCUGGUUGAAGAAGGGAAAUAUCUGUUUCGUAAAAUGCAAGAUCUUUCCCUAAACCCAAAUUUGAAGCACUAUGCUUGUAUGGUAGAUAUUCUUGGCAGGUCCGGUAAUCUGCAAGAAGCUGAAGAUUUGGUUCUGUCAAUGCCCAUAUCUCCUGAUGGUGGUGUGUGGGGAUCAUUAUUAGGUGCCUGUAAGAUUCACAAUGAAAUUGAGUUGGGCGUAAGGGUUGCAAGGCAUGCCAUAAAAUCUGAUCCAGAAAAUGAUGGCUACUAUGUAAUGCUUUCAAACUUGUAUGGUUCUAUUGGGAAAUGGGAGGAGGCUAUAAAUGUGAGAAAAAUGAUGGAGGAAAAGGGCGUCGGAACGACAAAGGGUUGGAGUGUAGUCUAAUUUGUGUUGUUAAGAGAAACGGAAAUCAGUUUACUACUGGAGUAAUAGGGGUCUGUUGCAUACCAGUGACAGAAAAGGAAAAAAAGUUUGAUCCCGUGUCCUGAAUUUUGGUCCACCGGCAAAAAUGAGGCCAUAACCACUAUUGAAGUAAUGUUCAGUUUCUAUUCUUGUUCAUUACGCUGUACUGUUUUUUAAACAUGUGAUAAUGAUAGGUUAUUGGAGA